AUGGGCGAUGGAGGUCGACGAUGGAAGUGGAAGUGGAAGUGGAAGUGGAAGUGGAAGUGGAAGUGGAAGUGGAAGUGGAAGUGGAAGUGGAAGUGGAAGUGGAAGUGGAAGUGGAAGUGGAAGUGGAAGUGGAAGUGGAGGUGGAAGAUGGAGGUAGAAGAUGGAGGUGGAAGAUGGAAGUGGAAGAUGGAGGUGGCAGUAGAAGUGGAAGUGUUGGGAAAAAAAGUGAACUGGAAAAUCAACACCUGCACCUCGUUUCUGGCCUAUGAGAAUUCGGGAUCACUGCAGUCGCGUAGGCAACGAGAGGGCAAACGCGUGCUGUUUUGGCCAGAAGCUUCCACAGUCAACGCCACCGGUAUCAAGUUCAUGCAGAAGUGA